GAUAGGAAUAGCAUGUUACCGUCCAUAUUGAAACUUAAGCGCAGACGUAGCCGUAGACGUAGGCGUAGAAUUUUAAAAUUUUAAUAUUUUUCUACGUCCAGCCAAUCACGAGAGGGAUGCCCGGUGUAUACCAUUUGCGCGGACAUUUACCGGUUAACCUCUAAACUGUACCACGAUUGAUAUAUUCACUUUAUAAAAUGUAUGAAAUUGAAAAGUUGGAAUUAUUAAGAUUUUGUUUAAUUUUCACUGCAGUAGGUAUGAUUUUAAGAUCUUUGCCAAAAAAAAAGUUCGUAACAAGCGACGAUGGUGGGUUCGUCCGCUGUUGAGAAAUCGGGAAAAACGGAGCCAAUAUUAUAAUUUGUUCCAAUAUAUAAAAGAGAAAGAUGAUGAACAAUUUUUUAAGUUCACUCGAAUGACAGUCAACCAAUUUGAAAAGUUGCUGGAUCUUGUUAAAGAUAGACUAAUAAAGAUCAGUCCAAGAAAGCCAUUAAGUCCGGAGUUUCGGCUGGUUAUGACAUUGUAUUAUCUAGCCCAUGGACCGAGCAUGCAGGUAGUUGCAUGGAGCUUCUGUGUUUCCAAGUCCACAGUCAGCAACGUGAUACGAGAGACUUGUGCAGUUAUCUGGGAUCAAUUAUCCCCAAUUUACUUAAAACCACCAACUACUGAAGAAUGGGAAACUAAAGCAACGGAGUUCUGGUAUUGCUGGAAUUUACCUAAUUGUUUUGGUGCGAUGGACGGGAAGCAUAUAACGAUUCAAGCUCCAAAAAAAUCGGGUUCGCAGUAUUUUAACUAUAAAAAAACGUUUAGUAUAGUUCUAAUGGCAGUUUGCGAUGCUUUUUACUUGUUUACACUUGUUGAUGUCGGUGCUUUCGGAUCUCAAAGCGAUGGUGGCAUUUUUAAAGAAUCGACAUUUGGGAAAGCUAUGGAUAAUAAUGAAUUAGGCCUUCUAGAUUCUACCAAUUUACGUGGAACUAAUAUUGCGUUUCCGUAUUUUGUGGCUGCAGACGAAGCCUUUCCACUUAAGCACUAUAUAAUGCAGCCUUAUCCCGGAACAAAUUUAUCAGAAAAACAACAAAUUUUUAAUUACCGCCUAUCACGUGCUCGACGCGUUAUUGAAAAUACCUUUGGCAUUUUAGCCAGUCGGUGGCGAAUUCUACAUACUAACAUAAUUGCCGAUGUUAGUACAAUUGAAAGAAUUGUAUGCGCUACAUUAUGUUUACAUAACUUCGUUAAAAUAGAAGAAUCGACAAGUAAGCAGCGUUAUUAUUGUCCAGAUAAUUAUGUAGAUCGUUAUGAUGAUUCAGGACGUGUCAUUCUUGGUGACUGGCGAGUAAACUGUCCUCAGAUUGAUGAAUUAGGUCGCACAGGGACAAAUCGUUCUACACAAGCGAAUAUUGAUUUACGAAAUACCCUUGCUGAUUAUCUUGUGUCGCCAGAAGGAGAAGUAGAUUGGCAGUAUAAUUAUGUAAAACGAGGA